AUGGAAAACUCGCAAGAGAAUGAAGGGGUUCUGUUGAGCCAUCGGCGGCAUAUGGUCGGAUCAAUGCCAACGAGACGAGCAUCUGCUUUCAGUCGAAUUGAAAAUGUGGAACCUGUUGCUGAGAAUAUCGAGUUGCAAACACUUCCAAACAAGCAAAAGCAAAAGCAAACGCAGGUCGAGGAGGUUUCAACCACAACUGAAGCUGGAAUGUACUAUUUUGAAGAAGACCCAAAUAUGCUUCCUCCAAAGCGCUCAAUUGCUUUUAUAUUAAUCAACAACCUUAUGUGCGAAAUGACUGCAACUACAGCCUUACCGAUUUCAGCAGCGUAUACACAAUACCUGGGUGGAACGGACGCAUUUUCCGGUCUUGUAAUUGGUAUUCCAACCCUUGUUUCGUUAGCAUUUAUGUACCCAAUGCUUCUUUUCGCAAAUCCAAAAUCUGCUCAUGGGUAUACGCUCUAUUUCCGACCCUUGCUUAUAUCUUGCUUUUCACAAAUUAUUGGGCACAUGCUAUACAGCUUGGCAUAUCGUGCUCAUUGGGUCUAUUUAAUUUUGAUUGGACGUAUGUUUAACGGUAUUGGGUUUACGAUGUUUUUGUACCACAAAAAGUAUUUAGCCGACAAGGAAUUUGUCGGAAGGAACCGAUCAACCUUUCUUUCGACUUUGAAUAUCCUUGCUCAAACUUUGGGUUUCAUGUCAGGUGCUUUUAUAGGAGGUGUCUUGGCUAAAGCAUCCCGAAACAGUAAAAAUCUCUACUGGAAUGAAUACACCGCUGGCUCCUGGUUUAUGUUGAUUGCAUGGGCUGUGUAUAUGGUAUUUUUGAAACUGUUUUUCAAAGAGGUCUUACCAGUAAAUAACAGGGAUCUAACUCAAAGAGCGGAAGCAAAUCAAGGUCGAGGAAUCCGCUUGUCAUUUGUACAAAAAUGUUUUGUGGUCUUCCUGUUUUUAGCCGCUUUCUCUUGUUAUUUUACCGUCAUGGGAUACCAAACAAGUAUUCCUAUUUAUGCGAGUAGAGCGUACGACUACAAUCCCUUUCAAACAGGUAAUUUCUUAGCACUUUCCUCGCUCGUCGUAGCGCCUUUUAUUCUGUUUAGCACGCUCUUAUCCAGAUGGCUUGAAGAUCGCCAAAUUAUGUUACUUGGUGUUUUAUUGGGAACUAUAGCUCUCGUCGUGCAUUUGAUUUUAGAUGCUGUGCACAAGCUUCCUGUUCAGCCAUACUUUGUUAUUUAUUCUCUAAUGACCUUUGGUUUUGGUGUUGGCGCUGCUCCGUUUAUGUCUCUUUCCUCCAAGCAGCUUCACCCUAAAUUUCAAAUCUUGGUGAGCAUCGUUGUCCAAGUCGGUAUCUCUUUGGCUGACACUGUGGGCGCUAUUACGGGAGGUGCCAUUUACAAUAUAACAACAGUCGGUUUCAUUGCAAUGAAUUUGGGUUUGGCCGUGUUGGUGUUGAUUGCAUUAUUAUGUCUAUGGAACUCAAUCAAAGAGAAAACAACCUAA